GGAGUACCGACUCGCCCUCUCGAAGAUUGCUUCAUGCGAUGACCCGUCCACCAAGCCGUCAACAUGGCGCCUGCUCUCUCAAAAGCCCUUAACCGAUUGUCGCGAGACUCGCUAGUUGGCCUUGCGAUCAAAUGGCUGAGUGACGACCGCACUUCAACUCCAUACCUCCUCAACAACCGACGAUUAUUCGAAGCCGACGAAGAAGACUAUCUCUACACUCCAGCUCAGAGUACCGAGGAACUGCGCACGAUAUACAGGAAACUGCAGAAUGAUGUAAAUCUUGCUUCAAAACAAGAUAUCAUUGAUCGGAUCGUUGACGGUGACUGGCGUCGAGGACUGUCCUUGCAUCAACUUGCGACGGUCGAUUUUGCAUAUCUUGAACAAAACGACACUGCUCUGAGAUGGACUGCUCUCCGUCUUGUGUUACCAGAUUCAGCUAGAGAUUCACUAUCAGAGGAUUCUGAUUCCCAACCUCCAAAGAAGAAGCGCAGAAUCAGCCAUGACAAAGAUGAACCCCAAUAUCCCCAAAUCUCAGCGCAGUCUUUCGUUUCGGCACUGAAGGCUGAGAUCUCGCCUCUGGUCAAAGCGCACUAUCACGUCCAUAAGAUGCCCUCACCUCAUGACCUCCACAUUGUCCGAUUACAUAUCCUUCCUGAUUCUACCUUUGGUGGUCAUCGAUCGACCAUCCCACGGCGUGCCAAACAUGCUACCGACGCUGGAAGAGUCAUGUACAUAGCCCUUCCCGACAGCUGCCCCUAUGUCUAUGUCUCCCUAUCUGGCGCAUCAGGGUCGAGUGUACGCGGCAAAGGCACAAGGGAUUCAAAAGGAAGAGUUAUGGCGAAAGUGGACAUGGCUGCUAUGAAGAAGAUUGUGUUGGAGGCAAUCCCUAAAGCCUUGUCGAGGCCGCAGCAACGCUGGGCUCUUGACUCAACCAAACUCAAUGCCAGAUCGCUGCGAAGUAUCUUGGAGUUACGGGGCAAUCAGAAGCCCGGCUCUGGGGGAGGAGCGUACAGCAAGUUCGUGGGAAAAGACGGAGUCAUCGAGAUGAAUGAAAUCGAGGUACCAGGUGCUGAAGAGGAAGACCGUCAGAGACAGUCGGCAGUGCAGCAGCGCUUUGGCAGCAUGGAAGGACAGCACCACGCGGCACUUGAUCGAGUGCACGUCAAGCUCAACAAGGCGAUCCAGGGAGACGAGCGUAUCACUACAGGACCUUCAGGCCCGGAGACAUCCGAUAUUGCUUUGACCUUCACCGGCACUGAUGUGUUUCAAGGUCUGAAACAACUUGCCAAGUUGGGGCCGACUUACAUUGAUUUGGAUAAAUUGCCAGCUUGGAUGGCUGGAGAAUUGGGUCUCAGCAGCAUGACAGUAUAGGCUGUCUUUGGAUCAUGAUAUGUUUACGACGAUUGACGAGUGUAGUGCUCCCCGCAGGCUUUGGGGCGGCCCAGAUUCUGAUACCCGGUUGGUGUAGGGCAGCACAAAUGGUGUUUGGAUAGCGAGGCUUCUUGUAUGAGAUGUCAUGAAAACGUCUGAUUUCCAUGUCGAUAUUCUCGAGUGCCCUUUACGAAGUUGCCAGGGUUUGCGUUCCACAUUGAC